GUGGUUUCCACAUGUUCUAGACAACGACUGGCGCGCGCACAACGAGUAAUUGGCGGCAUCAUAGACUUGCGCCCGAUAAAUUCACGGGUAGGGCGGAAAGGGGGCAGCACUAAGCCGGGUCAUUGCAUAAUACCAGCAGCGACACGACACGGAGACCUGGUAAUGAUUGAAGAACGCGUCUGAGCCUGGAACGACGGUUUGCACAAGUGCCGGGACGAAGAUCAUGCAAGGACACCCGGAUUGGCGUUCGGCAGUUGCUGUAACGUGUAGCUUCAUAAUUAUUCUCGUGGCAGUGGUAUGGACCGCGAGAAAGACUUCCUAUAAACGAAAGGAAUCCAUAAGAACAAAUGAAACAGAGGGAUUAGAAGAAUCAGAGAAGAUUGAAAAAAAUGUGAAUUGUGAAAGUGAUGAUGUAAAUCACGAUAAUGUAAAUGACGAUAAGAAAGAUUCCAAUGAUGACACGAUUCCCGAAUUAUCAAAUCCAAACUGGGUAAAGGUGGGCCAGAUUCAAGAAUUAUACAUGUAUCCUCUGAAAUCUGGGCGUGGAAAGACUUUGAGGGAAUGUGACUUCACCGAAUACGGAAUUAGUUUAGAAGACAAGGGUAGAUUCACCCUUAGAGACAGAAUGUUUCUAGUGUACAACGAGGAAACUGGCCGAUUCCAGACCGGGAGGCAAUAUCCAACCUUGAUCCUGAUAAGUUUAUCGGCGGUGGACGAGACCAAGGUGAAGCUGGAGGCCGUCGGGAUGCCCAGCGUGAUUUUCGAGGUUCCAAAUUCAUUGGAGAAUGCUUCUGAAGCCGUUCAAUGCACCAUGUGGUGGGGAGAGCCGGUGAAGUGUAUCGAUUGUGGCACAGAACCCGCCGAAUGGUUAUCAAGGUUUCUGACUGGAACCACUUCUGGCCUUCGAUUAGGAUGCACAAUGAUGGACAAAAGGAAUCUCUUCGUGGAACCGUGGAAAAAAUUCACCCAAGUGUAUCAAAAACUCAGGAACAAAGACACUGGAUUGUUCAGCGAUUUAACCAGUUAUAUGUUAAUGACCACGCGAUCUGUUGAAAAAUUGAACGAAAAAUUAGAAAGGCCAGUUCCUACUCUACAAUUUCGUCCAAAUAUUUUAGUUUCCACCCAACAACCGUUCGAGGAGGAUAAUUGGGAAUGGAUAAAAAUUGGGGAACGCGUCGUGAUUAGAAAUGUCAAACCAUGUUCACGAUGUAAAUUCGUGGGUGUGAAUCCAGAAAACGGAGUAAUGGACAAGGAGGAACCAUUAAAGACUUUGAAAUCUUUCAGAGAACAAACUGAUCCAGAACGGGUCUCUCUCGAAGGAAAAGCGCCUGUAAUGGGAAUAUACUGCGGAUUAUACAUCCCUGGAAAAGUAAAAGUCGGGGAUGACGUUUUUGUUCAUUCGUCCAGUGAUUCAACAAUGGUGGAAUUGAAUCAUCGAGAAACAACAAGCUAGAUAGAAAAAUAUUGAAAAUUAACUCGCUUUGAAUGGCCUUUCUUCAUUCGAAAGUAGAAGUUUAUGUAAAAAAAAAAAAAAAAAAAAAUAAAAAGACGUCAAUAUACGUUCACAUUCAGAGAAUAAUUACCAGAAAUAAUAUUUUGAGAUGAGCAAAUCAAAUAAAGGAUUCUUUGGAUAUUCAUAAGACUUCGAGACAAUAUAAUACUAUAUAUUGCGCGAUUUUUAUGAGAUUAUCGUUUCAAGCUAUAUGUAAUUGUUAUGAUACGUUAUAUAGGUGUGAUUGAAAUAAGUGUGACCAGUUUAAAUAUUUCUGGUGUUACAUAUUUUGAGACACGCUAUACAUAUGUUGAAAUAUUGUUACAUUAAAUAAAAUUUUGAUUGUUAUAAAA